GUGUAGAGGACAUUGCGAUGUGAAUAUUAGCAAAUUAACAGGAAGCACGGAAUUAUGCAUGGAGAUGUACAUCUUUAUUCAAACGGAAGUGUACAAUUAUGCAGUGGGAUGUACAUACAUAUUAAAGGCUAAUUACAAUGGCCAGAUUAGCUAAGCUAUGUUGAUUGAUAUGCGGAUUGUUAAUGUAAAAAUUAACAAUUGAAUGCAAAGUCCAUGAUAGGCCAAGUCGAGAACAAAGGAUUUGGAUGCUAGAGGGGAGUUAUAAGGGGCUUAAAAUCAGACCUCAAGACCAUUUGGAGAGGAAUUUUACUGAGGAUAGACGCUCGACUCAUCGCUCUGCAGAUUUCCCUUCUCCUGCGAGACCCAGCCUGGCGAGCACGAUUGCUUGGCGACUGGUUGGCGACUUUGCUUCGGGAGAGUUCGUGGCGAUCUCUUCAGACGGGUUACAGGGUCAUCGAUACACCGUGCAUCAACAAAUUUCCCUUCUCCUGCGAGACCCAGACUGGUGAGCACGAUUGCUUGGCGACUGGUUGGCGACGUUGCUUCGGAAGAGUUCGUGGCGAUCUCUUCAGACGGGUUACAGGAUCAUUGAUACACCGUGCAUCAACAAAUUACCCUUUUCCUGCGAGACUCAGCCUGGCGAGCACGAUUGCUUGGCGACUGGUUGGCGACUUUGCUUCGGGAGAGUUCGUGGCGAUCUCUUCAGACGGGUUACAGGGUCAUCGAUACACCGUGCAUCAACAACUAAGUGUCGUUGUUAGUUGAUAACCUGGUAAUCGCGUGUGUAGUCCGUCUUACGGGGCUUUACUGUGUCUCGGUUGGACGUUCGUGAGAGUUUGCUUUUUGGCGAUUUGAGCCACGCAGCUUAGAGCGCCGUUAACUCUCAACAACACCCGCGACUGUUACUCUGCUCUGUAGAAUCAGUCACAUGGAGCAGAUGAACUCUCCACAGUGCCACGCACACACGGGCGAGAAGCCGUUCAAUUGCUUUGUGUGUGGGAAGGCAUUUGCACAGAAAUCACAUCUUAACACUCACAAGAAAACACACACGGGCGAGAAACCGUUCAAUUGCUCUGUGUGUGGGAAGGCAUUUGCAGAGAAAUCAACUCUUAACGGACACGAGAAAACACACACGGGGGAGAAACCAUUCAAGUGCUCUGUGUGUGGGAAGGCAUUUGCGGACAAAUCAAAUCUUAACAGACACCAGAAAACACACACCGGCGAGAGGCCAUUCAAGUGCUCUGUGUGUCGGAAGGAAUUUUCACAGAAAGCAAAUCUUAACACUCACAAGAAAACACACUCGGGUGAGAAGCCAUUCAAUUGCUCUGUGUGUGGGAAGGCAUUUUCACAGAAAUCAAAUCUUAACAGACACCAGAAAACACACCCGGGCGAGAAGUCGUUCAAUUGUUCUCCAUUGGAGAGGGCACGGUCAUCACCCCAACACAUGCAUGCGAAGAUCCGCAAUGAGAGUGAAGUGAAAUCAAAAGGUGUAAUGCAAAGUGCUGCAGUGAGUCCUGAACAAAAUGAAUCUUUCGACCCCAUACAGGUGAAUCCUGAGAAAUGCCUGGAUGUAGUGGAUGUAAUGAGUCCUGACUACAAUUCCUCUAUCGACCCCAUGCAGGUGGAUACUGAGAAAUGGCUGAUGGAGUGGCUGGAGGGUCAAAGUAUUGAAAUCAGUCACAUGGAGCAGAUGAACUCUCCACAGUGCCACACACACACGGGCGAGAAGCCGUUCAAUUGCUCUGUGUGUGGGAAGGCUUUUGCAUGGAAAUCAGCUCUUUUCAGACACCAGAAAACACACACGGGCGAGAAGCCGUUCAAUUGCUCUGUGUGUGGGAAGGCAUUUGCAGAGAAAUCAACUCUUAACGGACACGAGAAAACACACACGGGGGAGAAACCAUUCAAGUGCUCUGUGUGUGGGAAGGCAUUUGCGGACAAAUCAAAUCUUAACAGACACCAGAAAACACACACCGGCGAGAGGCCAUUCAAGUGCUCUGUGUGUCGGAAGGAAUUUUCACAGAAAGCAAAUCUUAACACUCACAAGAAAACACACUCGGGUGAGAAGCCAUUCAAUUGCUCUGUGUGUGGGAAGGCAUUUUCACAGAAAUCAAAUCUUAACAGACACCAGAAAACACACCCGGGCGAGAAGUCGUUCAAUUGUUCUCCAUUGGAGAGGGCACGGUCAUCACCCCAACACAUGCAUGCGAAGAUCCGCAAUGAGAGUGAAGUGAAAUCAAAAGGUGUAAUGCAAAGUGCUGCAGUGAGUCCUGAACAAAAUGAAUCUUUCGACCCCAUACAGGUGAAUCCUGAGAAAUGCCUGGAUGUAGUGGAUGUAAUGAGUCCUGACUACAAUUCCUCUAUCGACCCCAUGCAGGUGGAUACUGAGAAAUGGCUGAUGGAGUGGCUGGAGGGUCAAAGUAUUGAGUACUUCUGUUAACUCUUGAAGUCCUGGAAUGUGCAUGUUUGUGUCUCUGUUAGAUCAAUAAUUAAGGUACACAUUAUUACUUCCAUGAUUUCCAGUACUCCAAGCUCGAGUGAUGUUGUGAAUGCUCUAUGAUGUGUUCGGAAUAAAAGUCUUCCUUUUAAGUUCCAGAAGU